AGGGCUGCGGGGCGGGGCGUCCGCGCGAGUGUGCCUGCGUAACGCAGAGUCACGUGUUGUUUUGCUCUUAGUUCAGUCACUCGGUGCGCGAUGUGUUACUCACUGUGCGGCGGGGACCGCGACAAGCCCGGGUCGUCGUUGGUGGCAGCAGCAACAGCGGCAGCAACGGCAGCAGCGGCCCCAGUGGCAGUGUGGGCCCCGAGUGUCCGGACGCAGACCGGCGUCGCGCAGUGCAGAACGGUGGCAGCAGGCCGGCCGCGCGCGUUCUAAGCUCGGCCCCGCGACUCGGGGACCCCGACUCUCGACCCAGCCAGCCAGUCCCCGGGCGCCGCCCGAGAGCCCGGGAAGCAGCGGCCGCGGACAGUCGAAGCGGGGGGCGGCCAUCGCCCGCGCCGAGCAUCCUUCGGAGCGGCGGAGGGCCCUGCGCCACCGAGCCGCGCGCGCCUCCUAGCCCACCGCCUGGGCCCGGGGGACGCGCGCGCGUGGCCGGGCGGCCGGGCGACGGGUGGCGGGGAGCCGCCCCCGCCCGCGCCCCUCGGCCCUCGCCAUCCCCUGUUCGCCCAGCGGGGCAGAGAGACCUGAAGCGGCGGCGAUGGCUAGCGCGCCCCUGCCUGGGCCCCCCGCAUCGGCGGGCGGGGACGGCCCGAACCUCAAUAACAACAACAACAACAACAACCACAGCGUGCGCAAGUGCGGCUACCUGCGCAAGCAGAAGCACGGCCACAAGCGCUUUUUCGUGCUGCGCGGCCCCGGCACGGGCGGCGACGAGGCAUCCGCGGCUGGGGGGUCGCCGCCGCAGCCUCCGCGGCUGGAGUACUACGAGAGCGAGAAGAAGUGGAGGAGCAAGGCGGGCGCGCCGAAGCGAGUGAUCGCGCUCGACUGCUGUCUGAACAUCAACAAGCGUGCGGACGCCAAGCACAAGUACCUGAUCGCCCUCUACACCAAGGACGAGUACUUCGCUGUAGCGGCGGAGAACGAGCAGGAGCAGGAGGGCUGGUACCGCGCACUCACCGACUUGGUCAGCGAAGGCCGCUCUGGCGAGGGGGGCUCGGGCACCACCGGCGGCUCUUGCAGCGCCUCUCUCCCGGGAGUCCUGGGCGGCUCAGCGGGCGCCGCUGGCUGCGAUGACAACUACGGGCUCGUGACACCCGCCACGGCCGUCUACCGCGAGGUGUGGCAGGUGAACCUGAAACCUAAGGGACUGGGCCAGAGCAAGAACCUGACUGGUGUAUACCGCCUAUGCCUGUCUGCGCGCACCAUCGGCUUCGUGAAGCUCAAUUGCGAACAGCCGUCGGUGACGCUGCAGCUUAUGAACAUUCGCCGCUGCGGCCACUCGGACAGCUUCUUCUUCAUCGAGGUGGGCCGUUCGGCCGUCACCGGUCCCGGGGAGUUGUGGAUGCAAGCCGACGACUCGGUGGUGGCGCAGAACAUCCAUGAGACCAUCCUGGAGGCUAUGAAGGCACUCAAAGAGCUCUUCGAGUUCCGGCCUCGCAGCAAGAGUCAGUCGUCCGGGUCGUCAGCCACGCAUCCCAUCAGCGUGCCGGGCGCGCGCCGCCACCACCACCUAGUCAACCUACCCCCUAGCCAGACCGGCCUGGUGCGUCGCUCGCGCACUGACAGCCUGGCUGCCACCCCCCCAGCAGCCAAGUGCACUUCGUGCCGGGUUCGUACGGCCAGCGAGGGCGACGGCGGCGCGGCAGGCGGGGCCGGGACGGCAGGAGGCAGGCCGAUGUCGGUGGCAGGGAGCCCCCUGAGUCCCGGGCCGGUGCGCGCGCCCCUUAGCCGCUCGCACACCCUGAGCGCCGGCUGCGGAGGCCGCCCGAGCAAAGUGACUCUGGCGCCGGCAGGGGGAGCCCUGCAACACAGCCGCUCCAUGUCCAUGCCCGUGGCGCACUCGCCGCCUGCAGCCACCAGCCCUGGCAGCCUGUCCUCCAGCAGUGGGCACGGCUCGGGCUCCUACCCGCUGCCUCCUGGCUCCCACCCGCACCUGCCUCAUCCACUGCAUCACCCCCAAGGCCAGCGUCCGUCCAGCGGUAGUGCCUCCGCCUCGGGCUCCCCCAGCGACCCGGGUUUCAUGUCCCUUGACGAGUAUGGCUCCAGCCCUGGCGACCUGAGAGCCUUCAGUAGCCACAGGAGCAACACACCCGAGUCAAUCGCGGAGACCCCGCCAGCCAGAGAUGGCAGUGGGGGCGAACUCUAUGGGUACAUGAGCAUGGAUAGACCCCUGAGCCACUGUGGCCGCCCUUACCGUAGGGUCUCAGGGGAUGGGGCCCAGGACCUGGAUAGAGGACUGAGGAAGAGGACUUACUCCCUAACCACGCCUGCCAGGCAGCGGCAGGUACCUCAGCCUUCCUCUGCCUCUCUAGAUGAAUACACUCUCAUGAGGGCCACCUUCUCUGGCAGUUCAGGUCGCCUCUGCCCAUCCUUCCCUGCGUCCUCUCCCAAAGUGGCCUACAACCCUUACCCAGAGGACUAUGGAGACAUUGAGAUUGGUUCUCACAAGAGUUCCAGCAGUAACCUGGGAGCAGAUGAUGGCUACAUGCCCAUGACCCCUGGGGCAGCCCUUAGGAGUGGUGGUCCCAAUAGCUGCAAGAGCGAUGACUACAUGCCCAUGAGCCCCACCAGCGUGUCUGCUCCCAAACAGAUUCUGCAGCCACGCUUGGCAGCGGCCUUGCCCCCUUCCGGAGCAGCCGUGCCAGCACCCCCUUCAGGGGUGGGCAGGACCUUCCCAGUAAACGGAGGUGGCUACAAAGCCAGCUCCCCAGCGGAGAGCUCCCCAGAAGAUAGUGGGUACAUGCGAAUGUGGUGUGGCUCCAAGCUGUCUAUGGAGAACCCAGACCCUAAGCUACUCCCCAACGGGGACUACCUCAACAUGUCCCCCAGCGAGGCAGGCACUGCAGGGACCCCACCUGACUUCUCAGCAGCUUUGCGUGGAGGCAGUGAAGGCCUCAAAGGCAUCCCCGGCCACUGCUACAGCUCUUUGCCCCGCUCUUAUAAGGCUCCCUGUUCCUGCAGCGGAGACAAUGACCAGUAUGUGCUCAUGAGCUCCCCUGUGGGCCGGAUCUUGGAAGAGGAGAGACUGGAGCCCCAGGCCACCCCAGGGGCUGGCACCUUUGGGGCAGCUGGUGGUAGUCAUACCCAGCCUCAUCACUCAGCAGUGCCUUCCUCCAUGAGGCCGAGUGCCAUCGGUGGCCGCCCUGAGGGCUUCCUGGGCCAGCGCUGUCGGGCAGUGCGGCCCACACGCCUAUCACUAGAGGGACUGCAGACCCUUCCCAGCAUGCAAGAGUACCCUCUACCCACAGAGCCCAAGAGCCCUGGCGAGUAUAUCAACAUUGACUUUGGUGAGGCAGGUACCCGUCUGUCUCCGCCUGCCCCCCCACUACUGGCAUCCGCAGCCUCAUCUUCUUCACUGCUCUCAGCCAGUAGUCCUGCUUCAUCCCUGGGUUCAGGUACCCCAGGCACCAGCAGCGACAGCCGGCAGCGCUCUCCACUCUCUGACUAUAUGAACCUGGACUUCAGUUCUCCCAAGUCCCCUAAGCCUAGCACCCGCAGUGGGGACACAGUAGGCUCCAUGGAUGGCCUUCUCUCUCCAGAGGCUUCAUCCCCAUACCCACCACUGCCUCCACGUCCUUCCACUUCCCCUUCCUCCUUACAGCAGCCUCUGCCACCUGCCCCGGGAGAACUAUACCGCCUGCCUCCAGCAUCACCUGCCACUUCCCAGGGUCCCACUGUUGGCUCCUCAAUGUCCUCUGAGCCUGGGGAUAAUGGUGACUAUACCGAGAUGGCCUUUGGUGUGGCUGCAACCCCGCCUCAACCUAUCGUGGCACCCCCAAAGCCAGAAGGUGCCCGAGUGGCCAGUCCCACUUCGGGCUUGAAGCGGCUAAGUCUCAUGGAUCAGGUAUCCGGGGUGGAGGCCUUCCUUCAAGUCAGCCAGCCCCCUGACCCCCACCGGGGUGCUAAGGUCAUCCGUGCAGACCCACAGGGGGGACGUCGUCGCCACAGUUCAGAGACCUUUUCCUCUACCACCACCGUCACCCCAGUGUCCCCAUCCUUUGCCCACAAUUCCAAGCGCCACAAUUCGGCCUCUGUGGAAAAUGUCUCACUCAGGAAAAGCAGUGAAGGCAGCAGCACCCUGGGAGGAGGUGAUGAGCCACCCACAUCCCCAGGACAGGCACAGCCCUUGGUGGCUGUGCCCCCAGUGCCACAGGCUAGGCCGUGGAAUCCAGGUCAGCCCGGAGCUUUGAUUGGCUGUCCUGGAGGCAGCAGUUCUCCCAUGCGCAGAGAGACCUCCGUGGGUUUCCAGAACGGCCUCAACUAUAUCGCCAUCGAUGUGAGAGGUGAGCAGGGGUCCUUGGCGCAGUCUCAGCCGCAGCAUCCGCAGCCAGGAGACAAGAACUCCUGGAGCCGGACCCGUAGCCUUGGGGGGCUCCUCGGCACCGUCGGAGGCUCUGGCGCCAGCGGAGUGUGUGGGGGUCCAGGCACUGGAGCUUUGCCCUCUGCCAGCACCUAUGCAAGCAUCGACUUCCUGUCCCAUCACUUGAAGGAAGCCACAGUCGUGAAAGAGUGAAACGCUACCAGCCCCAUCGCCGCCAUGUUGAAAUAACAAAACAAAACAAAACAGAAACAAAAAACAAAACUCUGAAUCCAUUCGAAGGAGAUGCUUGGCAUGUUUCCGACCAACGCUGCUGCUCACUUUCCUUUCAACGGGAGCAAUUCUACAUUUUGAGACUUCUGUGAAUUAGAUAAGUAACCAAGAGGCAGGUCCGCCUCUCAGCUGUCCCCACACACCAGCCCUCAUCGCACGGUUUGCGUUGCAUUUUAUUUCCUUUGUGAACUGACGGGCUGAUGAGGUACACUCCAGGAGAUUGGACGUUUCCGCCGCCACCGGCCUCCAUAAGUCCUGGCCAUCGCUGUCAUUUUUCUCUUGUUACUUUCAUUUUGGCAAAGUGGAUUAAUCCCUCAGCAUGCAAGGAGAUGCUAUAAUAUACAUGGAAGUGGUCAAAUCUGGUAUUUACUGGCUUACAGUCAAAACUAUCACAGUCCUACCUCAGUUCAGGGUGAAGCCGGAUUGUUUGGCAGGGUACAGGGCGGCUCUGCCCCAGGAUCACAUGCUGACCUCCGUCUCUCUGUUAAGUCGAUGUGGACUCCAGUCCAGGUACCUGAAAGGUUUACCUACGCACAGAGCCCGGUGUGGGACUGUUAAGUCGAUGUGGACUCCAGUCCAGGUAACUGAAAGGUUUACCUACGCACAGAGCCCGGUGUGGGACUGACAAUUCUUCGUGGGAUUGGACUUGAAGAUGGAUUAAUCCUAAUAAUUCCUAAAUGUGACUGGAGCAGCCUCCUUUUGGAGAUCAUCAGCCGUAUUUGGGGUAGGGGUGGGGAUGGGUGGAUCUCUCUUUGUAUCUACAACAGGCUUGUUGACUCCUCUCUGUAGAUGUUCAUGUAAGUACUUCAGAUUGCAAAAGCCUUUUCUCCCCUCCACAAGCCUCCUGUCUGGGACUCUUAGCUCGCCAUCCUCAAACCUAAAACUCAACACAGGCAUGCUUGUAGCUCAAGGCUGGUUUGGGUUUUUGUUUUUUAAAUAUAUUAUCUCUGGCACAAUGUUA